CCCCCCCGCCGUGGUGUCCCCUGGCAGCCGCUGCGCCCUGCUGCCAUCGCCCUGCUGCCGUCACCCUGCUGCCGUCGUGGCACCCUGGCGAGCCCGUCCCUGUUGCGUGACACAGGUGCCCUGGUUUCGGUUCCUCUGACCCGCCUGGCGGCUCGUGUGCUCGGCUGAGGACUUAUCGAGGUUUCGGGCUCCGGAGUUUGCAGGAGAGCAGGAAUAGCCGGUCCCUGGCGGUGUCGGCGCGGGCUGGCCUGGUGACGGGCAGGGCACAGGCACGGCGUGUGCUGCCCGCACCCGAAACCAUCCCCGGACUUUGGCCCCGAGCAACCGCGUGCGAACGCACCCGAGCGAGCGGCGCGGCCGAUGGGGUGGAGGGGAACCCUUGGUGGGAACAGCCUGAACCUUGCUGGGAGCCAAAAAACAGGACCGCGUGCUGAGCCCUGGGAUGGAGUGGCCGGCGAGUGCGGCGAUGGAAGAGAAGCAGAGCCCCGUGGACUACGGUGUCCAGAUCCGCUUCAUCAAUGACCUGCAGGAGCCCCGGAGACCCCCCAAGACACGCAGCAAGCCCGGCUCCUACGGGGUGGCCGUGCGGGUGCAGGGCAUCGCGGGGCAGCCCUUCGUGGUCCUCAACAGUGGCGAGAAGGGCGGCGACUCCUUCGGGGUGCAGAUCAAGAGCCAGGGCUCCUACCCCAACCCCCCCGCCGGCCCCUGGCUCUCCGGCUCCCUCAGUUCUGACUCGGACCUGCCGGAGAACCCCUACGCUGGGCGGCCGCCCCAGCGCGGCUCGUCCUGCAGCACGUCGGAUGAGGAGGUGAGCAGCGCCUCGACGGCCCCCAAGGCUCCGCCGGGCAAGCGGCUGCUCCGGGAGGAGCUGCGGAGGUCGCAGUCCCACGGGGAUCUGCUCAGUGCCACCAUGGACCAGCCCUUUGCCACCGGUGCUCCAUGGGCCGGUGGCAGCCGGCAGCCCCAGGCCCUGGCCGGCAGCAGAAGCAGCAGCAUGAUGAACAUCGCGCCAGAGCGGAGCAAGGCCGCUGGCUCCAGGGCCGUGGGCAAGGACGCCUCCUCGGACACGGAGGCUGCAGCAGCCGCCGGCGGCAGCGACGUAGACACCAAACCCCUCUCCUCGGUGGAUUCCCUCAUCAGCAAAUUUGACGGGAAGGUGCAGCCGCGAGGGCGGGCGGCCAGGAGGGGCCGGAUCCCCUCGGAGGAGAGGAAACGCUCGCAGAGCCUGGACGGCCGCAUCUCCCACCGCGACGUGCCGGAUGCUGGGGAGCUGAGUGGUGCCCAGCGCCAGGCUGGCAGCCUUCGCCCCCAGCCCCCAGUGCCCACCAGCAGCCUGGGCCGCCUGAGCAGAGCCGGGGGGAUGGAGGACAGGGGGGCGAGGAGCCCACGGCCAAGCCGGGGCGUGGAGGAGCCCAUGGCCGAGCGGCUGCAGAGCAAAGCCCGUGCGGAGCUACAGCUCAAAUCCACCCCGGACCUGCUGCGGGACCAGCGGGAGGUCACCCAGCCUGGCAGCAGCGAGCACCCCAAGGAGGUCAUCUACAGCAUCCUGAAGGAGGGGAGCAGCGAGAGCGAAAUCUCCCUGAAGAGGAAAACUGCCCGGCUGCUGGAGAGGAUGCAGGAGCUGGCGGCACCCACCAAGGACGCGGCGUGUUCCCAGCCCCAGCACCGUGAGCUGGCCAAGAAGGUGGAGGAGCUGCAGGAGAAGCUGGACGAGGAGACCAAGCUGCGCCAGAAGCUGGAGCUGCCCAGGGAGCCGGCGAGGAGCAGCUCUGCUCGGGCGCUGGAGGCCCGGCUGCGGGAGGCCGAAGGGGAGAGCCAGCGCCUGCGUGAGGCCCUGGACAAGAAAACCCAGGAGCUGCAGAGAAGUUUGCAAGAGCUGAGCGAGCUGAAAUCGGCCAAGGAGCAGGCGGAGACCCGGCUGGGCGACUGCGGGGAGCAGCUGUUGGUGCUGCACCAAGAGCUCAACCACCUGCGCCAGGGCUCCGGCACGUCCCCGGACGGCGAUGCCCUGUACAAGGAGUUGCUGGAGACCAGGGAGGAGCUGGAGGAGGCCCUGAGCUCCAAGCAGCGGCAGGAGGAGCAGCUGCGGCUGCGGGAGCGGGAGCUGACGGCGCUGAAGGGAGCCCUCAAGGAGGAGGUGGCCAGCCACGACAAGGAGCUCGACCGCGUCCGGCAGCAGUACCAAAGCGACAUGGACCAGCUGCGGCGCAGCAUGGAGGACAUCUCACAGGAUCAGGCCAGCCUGGAGUCAGAGAGGCAGAAGAUCAAUGCUGUGGUGAGGAACCUGCAGCGGGAGCUGGAGGAGAGCACAGAGGAGACGGGACACUGGCGGGACAUGUUCCAGAAGAACAAGGACGAGCUCCGCAACACCAAGCAGGAGCUGCUGCAGGUGAAGCUGGAGCGGGAGGAGUUUGAGGAGGAGCUGCGGGAGCUGCGGGAACGCUUCGCAGCUGCCCGGGAGGAGGCGGACCAGGCGCGGAGCAGCGCGGUGGACCCCAGCGAGCUGGAGGCGCUGAGGAAGGAGCUGCGGCAGGCACGGGAGACGCAGCGGGAGCUGGUGGCGGAGAAGCAGAGCCAGGAGGAGCAGCUGCGGCAGCGGGAGCGGGAGCUGGCGGCGCUGAGGGGCACCAUGCAGGAGGAGGCGUCCAGCCGCGAUGGGGAGCUGGAGCGGUACCGCAGGGACCUGCAGCAGCUCCAGCAGGAGCGGGACGAGGCCACCAAGGCAAAGGCAUCCCUGGAGAGCACGCGGGAAGCAUCGGAGCAGGCGAGGAAGACUGUGGAGUCCAGCCUGCGGGAGGUACAGGAGCAGAAUGACGACCUGAGGAGGAAGAUCCUUGGGAUGGAGAUGCAGCUGAAGGAGUACGAGCGCCUGGGCGAGAACUGGGAGGGCUCCCAGGCACGGCUCAAGGAGAAGGUCACCAAACUGGAGGCAGAGCGCAGGCAGAUGGAGGAGUCGCUGGGCGAAGCCAUGGAGCGGGAGCAGGAGCUGCUGAUGGCCAAGCGGUCGCUGGAGACCCGCUUGGAGGAGGCACAGCGGAGCCUGGCCCGGCUGACGCAGGAGCACCAGGAGCUGAGCGUGUCCUACCAGGACGAGCAGCGGCAGAAGGAGCAGCUCAAGCGCGCAAAGAGCGAGCUGGAGGAGCAGAAGCGCCUGCUCGACCGCACCACGGAGAAGCUGAACAAAGAGCUGGAGCAGAUGACAGAGGAGUCACACAGCUCGCUGACCAUGCUGAAGUCGCAGCUGGAGGAGUUCAAGGAGAAGUCGCGGAAGGAGAUCACGGACUCCCAAAAACAAGCCAAGGAUCGGGGCGCCGAGGUGGAGAAGAUGCAGUUCAGCAUGGGACGGCUGCAGGACGAGGUCGCUCGGCUGAAGCAAGCGCUGCAGGACAGCCAGGCGGAGCGGGAGAGCGUGUUGCUGGAUAAGGAGGUGCUGCUCCAGCGCCUGCACAACCUCGAGCAGGAGAUGGAGACCAAGAAGCGCUCCCAGGACGAUCGCUCGCGGCACGUCAAGGCGCUGGAGGAGAAGUCCAAGCGCCUGGAGGUGGAGCUGGACGAGGAGAGAACCACAGUGGAGCUGCUGACGGAGAGGGUCAACCGGAGCAGAGACCAGAUCGACCAGCUGCGGGCAGAGCUGCUGCAGGAACGCUCCAGCCGGCAGGACCUGGAGUGUGACAAAGCCUCGCUGGAGAGGCAGAACAAGGAGCUGAAGAACCGCCUGGCCAGCUCGGAGGGGCUGCAGAAACCCAGCAGCAACGUCUCGCAGCUGGAGGCGCGGGUGGAGGAGCUGCAGGACAAGCUGCAGGCAGAGGAGAGGGAGAAGAGCGUCCUGCUGUCCUCCAACCGCAAGCUGGAGAGGAAGGUGAAGGAGCUGACCAUCCAGAUCGAUGACGAGCGGCAGCACGUCAGCAACCAGAAGGACCAGCUGAGCCUGCGGGUGAAGGCCCUGAAGCGUCAAGUGGACGAGGCAGAGGAGGAGAUUGAGCGGCUGGAGGGCGCCCGAAAGAAGGCGCAGCGAGAGCUGGAGGAGCAGCACGAGCUCAACGAGCAGCUGCAGAACCGCAUCAAGGCGCUGGAGAAGGAGGCUUGGCGCAAGGCCGCCCGUUCAGCCACUGAUUCCUCCCUACAAGACGACCAGCUCAGCUCAGAUGAGGAGUUCGACAGCGCCUAUGGGCCCUCCUCCAUCGCCUCGCUGCUCAACGAGGCCAGCCUCCAGACCAGCUCCUGCUGACACCUGCCGCGCUGCCCCGGCCGCUCCAGCCCAGAGCAGAGCUGCGUCCCAGAGGCCGGGUGACAGGCUCACCGCAGCUGCUGCCACUCGAUGCAAAAACUCUUCCAAUAACACCACCGUGAAGGGAAGUGCCGCUCAAGAAGCGGUGGGAUGGGGGGACGCCCCCAUCCCUGACACUGUCUUGCCUCUUGGUCUUCAUACGGGUCUCAGGGUGUGUUUGCACCGUGAUGUUUUGCUGGGGGAAGCCGCCCACUGCGGCCGCCGCACCCCUCGGUGACCGGGUCCCGCCGGACACCAUGGCCCUGGGGUCCAGGAUGCGGCCCCAGGGAUCAGGCUCCUGUGGGAGCAGCCGGAGCACGGGGCCGGAGGGGCUGGGGGCACCUGCGGCUCCGGCCACCCUGGCUUAUUUUUAUACGCAGCCGCCCUUCGUCCCCCCACUGCCCUUUCCCCUCUCCAAGUGAUAUUUUAAAUAAAAUCGAGCCUUUUAA